ACGGUUGCUGCUAUUUAUUGGGAAGGGAGAGGGCUUCAGGGCCCUGCUUGGGGGAGAGGGGGUCCUGUAGCCCCUUCCCGGCAUACCCAUUCCACCUGUCACCCCCCUUUCCAGAAAGGUAAACUGAGAGCAGGUCCCUAAGUCUGUCCUUCUUUGGGGACCCAGUGCCUCACUUUACUCAGUAGCUGAACACCCAACCUCUAAACCCCCAACCGCUGAACCCCUAGCCCCUGACAUCUGACCCGACUUUGGCUGCAGGGGCAGUCUUUAAGACCCAGCCUCAAACAGGCUGAGGUGAGGUCUGUUCCCCAGGAAUGGUAACCCCCCCCCACUUUGACUUGCCUGCCCUUAUCAGGGGCCGCAGCCAAUCAGCUGAGUGCUGAGAGGAGCUCUCUGAGGGGCCACCAGAGCCUCAGAGCCCACAAGGCAGCUGAGGGAGAGGAAGCCUAAGGGCCUGAGGUGGGCGCUCAGACCUUGGAGCCACCAUGGCUGCAGCCGAGAUGGCCUUGCCCUCCAUCAACACGCUGACCACCCUGGGCCCCUUCCCGGACACACAGGAGGAAUUCCUCAAGUGGUGGCGCUCCGAUGAGCAGCAGGACCUGGGUCCAGGGCCCCCUGGCCCCACAGGGCUGCCCCUUCACGUAAAGCCGGAAUCAGAAGAUGUGCCCGAGGAGGAUGAGGACGAAGAGAGGGACGAGACCGUCGCCUGGGACCUGGAUCUCCUCCUCACCAACUUCCCGGGCCCGGAGCCAAGCGGCCAGGCCAGGACCACCGCUCUGGCUCCCAGCGAUGGCCCGGGGGGGCAAUACUCGCCGCCGCCUGAGACUAUGGGCGCGUACGCGAGCAGCCCGGGGCUCGUGACUGGGCUCUUGGGUCCAGAGGAGCACCCGGGCUGGGCGCGCCCGGCCCACCGAACCCCGGCCCCCGACGCCUUCUUGGGCCCAACCCUGGCCCCGACCCCUGAACCCAAGGCGCUGCCGCUGCAGCCAGUAUACCCUGGGCCGGGCGCAGGCUCCUCGGGCAGCUACUUCCCGCGGACAGGGUUUUCAGUGCCCACGGCGCCAGGCCCCCCCUACGGCCUGCUGUCCGGGUACCCCGCGCUGUACCCGGUGCCGCAGUAUCAAGGGCAUUUCCAGCUCUACCGCGGUCUCCCGGCGUCCGCGCCCGGCCCCUCCGCGCCCCCCCACUUCCUGAGUUGUCUGGGAACUGGGACUGCGGGCGCGGGGAUAGGGGGCACCGUAGCUGACCCAGAAGGGAUCGGGGAGGCUGUGCCAUGCAAGCGCAGCCGGCGCUCGUGGGCGCGCAAGAGACAGGCGGCGCACACGUGCGCGCACCCAGGCUGCGGCAAGAGCUACACCAAGAGCUCACACCUGAAGGCUCAUCUGCGCACGCACACGGGAGAGAAGCCAUACGCCUGCACCUGGGACGGCUGCGGCUGGAGGUUUGCGCGCUCCGACGAGCUGACCCGUCACUACCGGAAGCACACGGGACAGCGCCCUUUCCGCUGCCAGCUCUGUCCCCGAGCAUUUUCGCGCUCUGAUCACCUCGCCCUGCACAUGAAGCGCCACCUUUAAGCCCCAUCCUGACACCUGAACCCUCCUGGAGAAUGGGGCUGGAACAAGAGCUAGUGGAUCCACGCGGGGUGGUUUUCCUACGGACGGACCCGCUCCUGGACUCGCGAACUCAGAGACCCACCAAAAGAUCUAGAAUCGACUCAUACAUAUAUAGACUUGAGGGAGCCUCAGAGGAAGCUUUCCACAUGUUCUCAGUCACAUGGAGCGACACAGAGACGUCCAAGAGUCACACAGACCCAGGGAGACAGACCUCCAGAUUCACUGAUCCAGAUGGACGCUCAGACAGCUGGACCCUCAGAUCAGCUCACAGGCGGCCCUGGACAGUGGGGGGGGGGCACCUUGGGGGGCUUCCCAGAGACCCUGUGUCUAGAAAUGGGCUUCACAUCAAGACCCUUCCCGAAGCUCUGCACGGUGGCAGUGCCCUCUGGCCAUAGCCCUCCACCACGGCCUGGCAUCAGCUGUGAAUGGUUAUGGGUUCUGUAAAAAUGCCCGUCCCCCCAUAAAGCUUCAGUGUUGGCCUGACUUUGUGGGUUUUGAGGACUGGAAGAUGGGAGGAGGCUGUAUCCCUGGAGAUGAUACCAAAAAAAUAACCAAACAGACUCAUAGCGACCCUAUAGGACAGAGUAGAACUGCCCCAUAGAGUUUCCAAGGAGAGCCUGGCGGAUUUGAACUGCCAACCUUUAGGUUAGGAGUCGUAGCACUUAACCACCGCACCACCAGGGUUUCCAAAACUUCCACCCAAUGUGGGGCUCGAACCCACGACCCUGAGAUUAAAAGUCUCAUGCUCUACGACUGAGCUAGCCAGGGGCCCUGGAGAUGAUAUUGGGACCCAGGUACGCUCUCAGCUCCUAAGCCCCAGCGACGCCCCUCACCCGCUCCUCCCCGCCACCACCAUCAGACUACGUGUUAUUGUCCGCUGCCUUACACGUGCACAGGGAUGGUCUCCCUCCUUUUAAGAGCGCCUCGGCCUGGGCUUCAAAACCCCAGUAACUUUCACCCGGCUGUAAUUCAAAGUGACCCUUGGGCUAGGUCUGAAGAAUACAGGAAAAAAAAUCAGAAUGAAAAGGGGAAGAAUAAGGAAAGCAAACUCCUCUUAAGAAAGCAAAGGUCACACAGGGUUGGGUCCCCGCUGUAAAGGCUUGAAAGGAAACAUUCCAAACUCGUGCCUGGGAGCCUAGAGGCGGGGUGGAGAGAAGAAGGAGGAGCUGCGGGAGGUUCGAA